AUGGCGUCUGCAUGCAUGUGCGCUAGAUGCUAUGCGUAUCCAGUAGCUGUGCAUGCUUGGGGGCUUGGCAAUCUACCCGUUGCAGGAACUGAUGAGAGGAGGUGCCUCGAAAGAGCACAGCCGCAUAAAAAGUCGCAGGGCCAUAAAGGCGCCCGUGCGAACGAAGUGUCUGCUCAAUAUAAGACACUCUCGAAUCGGCAGCCAGCAGCUAGACCACAAUGCGAGAAGACACGCAUCGCCUCGCCUCACAAUGAAUAUGCAGCAGCCACACCAGCAGCAGCAACAGCAUCAACAGCAACAGCAGCAGCAGGAGGAGCAGAAGGAGCAUCUGCAGGAGCAGAAGCAGCA